CUGAAAUUCUCCCUGUCACAUUUGAUGACAUCACUUCCUGGUGCAGAGAGGAAGCUGUCAUUUCUGUAGUAACAGCCACAAUUCACUACACUCUGUAAAAUCCUCACCCAUCCUUGUUUCCAAGCAGGCCUAUCCAAGCAUCGUUGUUCUACCUUCUUUUGAUCAUCAGCAUUAAACAAGUUCCAAAACUUAUACAGUGUGGUGAUUGAAGGGCGAGUAAACUGCCUGUUGAUUCACUUCUCACAGUGACGGGGACAGGACAGUAGAACAACGCUGGACAUAGGCUGUGUUUUAUCUGGACGCUACACCACCAUCAAGCAACGCAGCGUAGCCACAGCGUCCACCACAGUAUCCACCACAGCGUGACUGAAGGUACUAACACACGUAGUCACACAUCUAGCAACACAAAGAUGUCUGAACGCACAUUCAAGACCAAAUCUAGGGUGUCAUGCUCAUCUAGACAUUCAUAUAGAUCCCAUGCUUCUGAGACAGCAGCACUGGCCAGAGCUGAAGCAGAGGCCAUCAGAGCACAAAUAGCUUUUGCUGAACAAGAAGCAGAGAUAAAGAAAGAAAGGGCAUGUCUAGAAGCCUCACUGGAAGUGCUGAGCUUGAAAAAAUCAGCAGCAGCUGCAGCUGCAAAAGCAGAAGUGUUAGAGGCUGCAAUAGAGACUGACUGCAACAUUAGUGACAAACCAGACAUCCAGUUUGAUAUAAAGCCUGAAACUGUUAUGCAGCGAACUGAGGAAUAUAUACAAAAACAUUCCCAAACGCUCAGCCAUUCUGAUCCAGCCCUAGAAGCAGUAGACAUGCAUCCAUGCAGUGACCACAAACUGUCACAGUUGCCUACCAGCAUAGAAAAUCCUGUUACCAGCAACCAGCGACAUGAUACUUUACACUACCGAGUAGAUUCUCCAGACCAUCAUAGUUAUCCCCUGUCUCUACAAAGGGAAGGGGCUUACACCCAUCCACCAGACACCAGAACUAUACCUUGCACCAGCCAUCACUCAGACGUACCAGCCCACAAACAAAACAUGUCAGAUCUGGUAAGAUUUAUGGCUAGGCAAGAGAUUAUCACUAAAGGACUUGUGCAAUUUGAUGAUCUCCCAGAGAAUUAUAGGGCCUGGCGGGCUUCAUUUAGAAAUGCUGUAACAGAUCUAAAUCUUUCAUAUAAGGAAGAAAUAGACCUUCUGGUAAGAUGGCUGGGCUCUGAGUCGGGUAAACAAGUAAAACGAAUACAAGCUGUGUACGUGAAUGACUCCAGAAAGGGUCUGCAGAUGGCGUGGCAGAGACUUGAUGAGUGCUAUGGGGCCCCCGAGAUCAUAGAGGAGUCACUGUGGAAAAGAAUAGAUGGCCUUGGAAAAAUCUCCAACAAAGAUCCUCAGAGGCUCAGAGAGUUAGGAGACCUGCUGAUGGAACUCCAAGCCGCAAAGGACGAAGGUGACUUCCCAGGCUUAGCCGUUCUUGACACAGCCCGAGGUAUAAACAGCAUUGUGCAAAAACUGCCAUUUUCCUUGCAAGAGAGGUGGAUCACGCAGGGUUCUAAUUAUAAAGAGCUGCAUCAUGUACAUUUUCCACCAUUCUCUUUCUUUGUGAACUUCGUCACCCAACAAGCUAAGAGGCGUAAUGACCCAGGGUUUAUUCUGGCUCCUCAAAGCUCUGACGGCCAGAGACUAGAGAGAAACCAACACAAGUAUGCCACUCAAAGAACUCCCGUUUUAGUGCGCAAGACUGACAUCUCUUCAGCUACACCAUCACAGAAGGAGCCCAUCGACCCCAAGAUGGCAGAUCUUACCCAAGGUUGUCCCAUACAUCACAAACCCCAUUCUCUGCUUAAAUGCCGUGGCUUCAGGGCAAAACCUUUGGAGGAAAGAAAGACUUUCCUGAAGCAAAAUAACAUUUGUUAUCGUUGUUGUGCUUCUACUACACAUAUGGCAAAGGACUGUAGUAAGAUGGUCAGCUGCAUAGAAUGUAAUAGCGAUAGACAUGUGUCCGCCCUGCAUCCUGGCUCUGCCCCGUGGUCUGUGAAAACUCCAGCUGAGGGAGAGUAUGGCGGGGAGGGACAGGAAAACAGUACAGCAGCAGUGACAGCUUUGUGUACUGAAGUUUGUGGAAGAAACCAUAGGGGCCGAUCAUGCUCAAAAAUCUGCUUGGUCAGCAUCUUUCCUACUGGACAUAGGGAAAGAGCAAUCAAACUGUAUGCAAUCUUAGAUGAUCAAAGCAAUAGAUCAUUGGUCAGAUCAGAGUUUUUUGAGCUUUUUGGGUCAAAGGGCCAUCAAUUCCCCUAUUCUCUCAGAACCUGUGCAGGAGUCAUUAACACCACUGGGAGAAGGGCACAUGGUUUUCACUUAGAAUCCCUAGACGGACAAGUGACUGUUCCCCUACCCACACUCAUAGAGUGUAACGAAAUCCCAGAUGACCGGACAGAGAUUCCAACCCCUGAGGCUGCACUUCAUCAUAAGCAUCUGAGACCGUUAGUCAGUCAGAUACCCAAGCUUGAUCCUAAUGCUCCCAUUCUCAUGUUGCUAGGCAGAGACAUCAUUAGGAUCCACAAAGUAAGAGACCAGAUCAAUGGGCCACAUGACUCCCCUUAUGCCCAAAGACUAGACUUGGGGUGGGUAAUAGUAGGCAACGUAUGUCUAGGUGGCGUCCACAGGCCAGACCUGGUGCAUAACCACAACACCAACACCUUAGAUUAUGGACGGAAAUCCUAUUUUACACCCUGCUUAAACUUCUUCACUGCAAAAGAAAGCUUCAAUCUGAAUAUGCCCCUGACCCUGCAAGCCUCAACAGUCCAGAACUCCUCUUACAUAGAAGACCCUCUAGGACACAGAGCCUUCGAAAGAACAAAAGAGGAUGAAAAAAUAGCUCCUUCCCUCAGUGAACUUGCUUUUAUGGAGAUAAUGAGGAGAGGCUUCUACAGGGACGAUGACAACAGCUGGGUUGCUCCACUGCCUUUUAAACCACAAAGACAGCGCCUACCAAAUAAUAAGACCCAGGUUUUGCACCGUCUCAGGUCUCUACAAAAGGCUGAAGCCUGA